CAUACAAAAAUAGACGGGAUCCACUACCUAAGAUGUCAUUGUAACGUUACUUAUCUGAGGUGAAACUGAAGCCCUUAUCUUUGACGCUGAACGGCAAUAAAGUGCCUCGGUUGCCUUUUAAAGGCAUCAGUUCUUUGGAUUUGAUCCUUGAAUGCUAAACAUCAUGAGCAACUACAGUGUGUCUUUGGUCGGCCCGGCUCCUUGGGGUUUCAGACUUCAAGGGGGCAAGGAUUUCAACGUGCCUCUGUCUAUCUCUCGGCUUAAUGACGGUGGCAAGGCAGCUCGAGCACACGUGGGGAUAGGUGAUGUGGUUCUCACCAUUGAUGGGAUAAGCACGGACGGGAUGACUCAUCUAGAAGCACAAAACAAGAUCAAGGCGUGUACAGGCAAUUUGAACAUGACUCUGCAAAGAGUGGCUUCUGUACCAAAACCCGAUCUUGUUCAUGUACCAAAGCCCGCCGCGCACAAUGCCGCCCCAAGCGCCUCUGCCGGCGACGGCGCCCAGGAUGUAGCUGAGGGGCUGCGACGAGGAUUCAGAGAAAACCAGGGGGAGAGUAAACAGCAAAAUGGGAAAAACCCACCCAAACGCCCCCCGCGGAAGCACAUUGUGGAUACCUAUACAGAGUUUUACCACACACCCACUCACAGCGAUGCCAGCAAGAAGCGACUGAUCGAAGACACCGAAGACUGGCAUCCCCGGACAGGCACCACCCAGUCCCGCUCUUUCCGCAUUCUUGCCCAAAUCACUGGCACUGAUCACAUGAAAGAGCCAGAACAUGAAGCUGCAAAGAAGACUAAGGAAAAGGUUCCCAUCCACGUCUUUAGCCCCAAAUACACAAAAUUACGUGACUGGCACCAUGAAGUCUCAGCACGUGUUCUUAAUGUCCAGUGAUUUUACCCAAGUUGCAAAAACAAAAUUCAAACACUUCCUUCCUUUCUUCUUUUCCAUCUGCUUUGCAAAAAGAAAAAGAAAACGUAUUUCACUAGCCUUACUGCAAGACAAAUUCUAGCCUUUUCUAUACUUUUCUAACACUUUCCUACUGAUGUGUAAAAAAUGAGAUGAAAAUGUUUUUGUGCUAAUCGCUAGUUGACAAAAAAUACAUAUUUAAAACAGAACAACUUGGGUGACUGAAUCUCCCAACAUGGGGGAGGAGAUGGCUGUUGCGGUUCUUUUUUUGCCUUAAAGGAGUCAUUUGCAUUGCUGAGUUUGAGUUACUGUAGGUUGUUAGAAAGCAGAAAAUUAUGAACAAAAGAAUAAGAAAUUGUAUUACUUUGAUUUUGGGGCUGGGGGAAGAAGACGAAGAGGGACUGUAUGCACCUAUUUCAAACGAUUGUACUUACCAGGAUAAUUAUCUUGGAUUUCACUAGAUUUUCAGCAGGUCAGUUUUAGAGUGGUUGUAAAUGUUUUACAAAGUAGAGCAAAAAGGCAGACUGCUUUUAAGCAAAUAAAAAAUAAAUUAAAAAACCAAUUCCAAUGUUACCAAUCGAAGUGCAAGCUCAAUAUAAAGAUUCUGCUGCUUAAACUAGUAAUAUGUUCAUAUUGUGGAAAACUUAGGAAAAAAAAUGAGCAGAAUAUUGCUGUGUACCUGUAAGAGCUUCAACACAUCCUCUAACAAGAACAAGAUAAUAUGGUAGUAUUUAUUACAGAGUGAAGCUUAUAGGCUUUCUUGUGUUUAUAAAAGCUUCAUGACCCUAUGGUUCUCCUGUAAAAUAAUGUAUUAUAGUAGCUACACAUUCAUUAAUUUAUGCUUUCUGAAGCUUGAAGAGUAUUUUAAUAAAAGUUGCUUUUAUCUUA